AUGAAGAGAAUAGGUGCUUGCGACCCAUUGGGACGUUGGACAGAAUGGAGCGCGCAUACUAAUUCGUGGUCGUUCGAGGAACAUUCAAAUAGCAAGCAAGCCAGGCUUACGGGGGAUAUUCAUUGGUCGACUGAAAAUGGGGUGAGUGAUGACGCGCUAGAGGGAAGUUUUAGCGGUGGAAGAUCAGUUGUAGUCGCGGGGUUGAACAGAGCGGCCGCGGCUCAUGCCGGCUCCGACCCGGUACCUCGUUUCGUAUCUCGCUGCCCGCUUCGAGGG